AUGAGGCAGACAAAUCAGACACAGGUGAUGGAAUUUCUCCUCCUGGGACUCUCUGAGGAUCCACACACGCAGCAGCUGCUCUUCAUCUUGUUUCUGGGUGUCUAUCUGGUCACCGUGCUUGGAAAUCUACUUCUCAUGUCCCUUGUUCAGGUUGACUCCCGGCUUCACACACCUAUGUAUUUCUUUCUCUGCAACCUAUCUCUGGCUGACCUCUGCUUCUCUACUAACAUAGUGCCUCAGGCCCUGGUCCACCUGCUUUCCAGGAGGAAGAUCAUCUCAUUCACACACUGUGCAGCCCAGCUUGUCUUUUUUCUCAUCUUUGGGUGCACACAGUGUGCCCUUCUGGCUGUGAUGUCCUAUGACCGCUAUGUGGCCAUCUGUAACCCUUUGCUUUACCCUAGCAUCAUGACCUGGCGCGUGUGUGCACAGCUGGCCGUGGGAUCGUGGAGCAGUGGCAUUGUGGUGUCCGUGGUGGACACCACAUUCACGCUGAGGUUGCCCUACCGAGGCAGCAACACUAUCGCACAUUUCUUUUGUGAGGCCCCUGCACUGCUGGUCUUGGCAUCCACAGACACACACACUUCCGAGCUGGCCAUUUUCCUGAUGGGGGUGGUGAUUCUGCUCAUCCCUGUUUCCCUAAUCCUGGUAUCCUACAGCCGCAUCAUCCUGACUGUGGUGAAGAUGAAGUCAGCCACAGGAAGGCUCAAGGCGUUUUCCACCUGUGGUUCCCACCUGCUGGUGGUCCUCCUUUUUUAUGGAUCAGGAAUCGUCACCUACAUGACACCCAAGUCUUCCAAAGAGCAAAAGAAGCAGGUGUCUGUGUUCUAUGCAGUGGUGACCCCCAUGCUAAACCCCCUCAUCUACAGCCUGAGGAACAAGGAUGUGAAGGGAGCUCUGAGGAAAGUAGCUCCAAGAAAUUUCUCAUGCACACCUGGAAUCUCCUUUUGA